GCAUCAAAACCUAACCCUAAGAUCUCUUUCAUUUCUCUUGCGCUGCUCUUCUCUGUCAGUUUAACAACAAUCUGUUGAAGAUGUCUAUCAGCGAGAUUGCUUGCACAUACGCCGCUCUUAUUCUAUUCGAUGACGGCAUUCCUAUUACGGCCGAGAAAAUCGCCACUCUAGUUAAGGCAGCCAAUGUUUCAGUUGAAUCUUACUGGCCAAGCCUAUUCGCUAAGCUUGCUGAGAAACGUAACAUUGAAGAUCUCAUCAUGAAUGUCGGAUCUGGUGGAGGUGGUGCAGCUCCUGUUGCUGCUGCUGCUGCUGCUUCAGGUGGCGCUGCUGCCGCAGCCCCUGCUAAGGAAGAGAAGAAGGCUGAAGUCAAGGAAGAGAGCGAUGAAGAAGAAUUCGGAUUUGACAUGUUUGGUGAUGAAUAGAAGCUUUAAUAUUUAUGAGUAUUGUAUUUCGAAUUAUGGUACUAGUGAUUGAUUCUCUGAACAAUUCUAUUUCUGUUAAAUCUUGUUCUAGAUAUUAUUGCAUACAGUUUUAUGAACUAAUUAAUAGUUUAUCUCCUUGAGGUUUUGCACUAA